GGAUAUACUGGCGUUUGUAAAUAGUUAAAGUAAGAACAAGUGAUAACACUGUACUUAACAGCACAAUGGGGGGUUGUCGCUGUACCUACCGUACAUGUUCUUCACGGACUGAUGGAAAAACUCACAUGUUUCAUUACCCAGUAUUUGACAAAGUACGCUGUCAUCAAUGGAUAACGAAUGCACGGAAAUUGGAAUUUCUCAAUUUGAAAGUGUCACAGUUGAGGAACAGAGUUGUAUGCCAACAUCAUUUCAAAGAUGAAAACUUUAUGAAUUUCAAGAAAGAUAAACUCACUUUUGAUGCAGUACCUACAGAAGAUGGACCUUACUGUGAUGCCAGUGAGGCAGACAACGCUAAGAAUGAACAAGACGACAGGCAGGUGUUCAGCAUUUCUCUUGAUGAUAUUGAAAAUGAAUAUCUAACUAUUGUUGACAAAAAAGCUAAUUUCUCAGUGAAAUAUGGUGAUUUCUUAACUAACUGUGAAUUAAUGGACUUAAAUUCACUAAAUACAACCAAUCAGACAAAUGAUAACAGUCAGAUUGAUUUAAAUGAUAACACUAAACUAGUACCAGUUAUACCAAAAGACUUGAUUCUACCUAAGAAACCUGUUAAAUGUGUACGGCCUCAGAUACGCAAAAGCACCCGAGGCAAAGAACUGAAAACUACUGGAAAAAGCAUCUUAAAUAAUGCUAGCGUUAAGGAGAAUAUAAUUAACCAUGAUUUGUUUCAAGACAAUAGUACAAUGCAACCUAGUACAAUAGAAUUAAGUAGACAAAGUAAAAUACAGCCAUCAGACCUAGAAGGAGAUGCUAUAAACUUUACAAUUAAUGUGUCAGAAGUGCCAGUCGAAUUCUGUACAGCAGUUGGUUCAGAUGUAAAACCAGAUGAAACCAAGUUUACCAUAAACCAUUUAAAUCAAUUACAAUUGAGUGAAGAAAAACUUAGAGAACCAAGUUGUAAAGAAAAUCAGCCACAAAAACCUAAAAUUAAUCAUGAAUUAAAUAAAAAUAACAAUCAACCAGUUACAGCUACAGUUUUAAAUAAUCCAAAUGAAAAACCCAAUACCAACAAUAGUUUAUUAAAAGAAACUAAAAAGAUAAAAAUUAUAUCCGAGAAAAAGAUAGUAAACCCUAAACCUAUAAUUGGAAAACUGGAACCUGUUUCACCUACCAGAAUAUUAACUUUUCCGAAUAAAAAAAGAUUUAUUAAUACUAAGGCUGGUGCAGAUUCAGUGGAACCAACAGUAGCAGAAGAGUUACCGAAAAGAAGAGAAAGAAACCCAGUUUUAGAAGCAAAUGCAUCAAAAGAUAAUAUUCUCGAGAAAUCGAACAAUGAUUCUCCAACUAUUUGUUUAAAUGAAGGUAUAGCAGCCACCAAUCAAGAGAAAACAAUUUUGCCAAAAACCAAGAAUGCCAGCAUCAUAACUCCCAAAACUUCAUUGUUAAAGAACAAAAUACCCCCAGAGAGAGUAGCUGCUAUAGCCGAAAAACGUAAAUUCAAUAUGAAACUACGAGAUAUAGUCGAAGACUGUUUAGACAAGUUAGAAGAACCGCAAAAGACCGAUUAUGAAAAAAGACCUACUUUACAGGAAACUAGAUUACUGCAGAGUAAAAAGCGACAAGUUGCGUCUCAUCUUUCUGAAGAACCACAACUACCCAAUGUCCAAGAAUAUACCUUGGCUUUCCUAGAGGCCAGAAUGAAGAAAAUGGAAAAUAACCUACUUAACAAAAUAGAGGAGAACUCACAGAAAAUAAUGGAGUUGAAACGAGCAUAUGCUCCAUCUAGUUCUAAAAAAUCAGUGCACACACAAACACAAGUCAAUGAAGAUGUACAUAAGAGAUAUUUGUAUCAGGAGCUAUCUAAAUAUUUAAGCCAAGAAGCUAAUAGUUUAUUAUAUGAAGAACUUUUCAUUAAUAAGUAUACUAAGGAUAUGCCUAAAUGUUCCUCUCCGAAACGACGGAAACGUAGGUGAUUAAUGAUAUUUUUAUAAAUAAAAUUAGCUAGAAUAAUAUGAUGUUGUAAAACUUUAAUUACAUUUUUAUUAGUUAUUUGAUUUUCACAUCAUUUCACUUUUACCAAACUUUUACCAAUGUUAUCUCCUCUGAACAAGCCAAUGAAAGCGUUGUCAGCAGCUUCAAAACCCUCAGUGAUAUGUUCCUUGUAUUUUAGUUUUCCCUCUCGUACCCACUUUAAGUUUUGAUUUAUACCUUCAAUUGUGCGGUCAGCAAAUCUAUUAACUUGAAAACCUUCUAUUUUAAGUUGUUUUCCAACAAUAUAUCCCUGA